UGUAUGGAAUGUGGGAAGAGCUUCCAUCGGAGUGAUUCCCUUAGUUCACAUCAAAGAACUCACACGGGAGAGAAACCAUAUAAAUGCAUGGAAUGUGGAAAGACUUUUAGUCAGAGUGGUCACCUAAGCUCACAUAAAAGAACGCACACAGGGGAGAAACCGGAUCCAUGUAUGGAAUGUGGAAAGAGCUUCAAAGGGAGUGAUACCCUUAGUUCUCAUCAAAGAACUCACACGGGAGAGAAACCAUAUAAAUGCAUGGAAUGUGGAAAGACUUUUAGUCAGAGUGGUCACCUAAGCUCACAUAAAAGAACCCACACAGGGGAGAAACCGUAUCCAUGUAUGCAAUGUGGGAAGAGCUUCAAUCGGAGUGAUAAUCUUAGUUCACAUCAAAAAAUUCACACUGGGGAGAUACGAUAUAAAUGCAUGGAAUGUGGAAAGACCUUUAGUCAGAGUGGUUCCCUUAGGUCACAUCAAAAAACACACACAGGGGAGAAACCGUAUCCAUGUAUGGAAUGUGGGAAGAGUUUCUAUCGGACUAAUACCCUUAGUUUACAUCAAAGAACCCACACAGGGGAGAAACCAUAUCGAUGUACGGAAUGUGGAAAGAGCUUCAAUCGGAGUGGUAACCUUAGUUCACAUCAACGAACCCAUACAGGAGAGAAACCAUAUAAAUGCAUGGAAUGUGGAAAGAUUUUCAGUCACAGCAGUAGCCUCAAUAGACAUCAAAGAACCCACACAGGAGAGAAACUGUAUUCAUGUACGGAAUCUGGGAAGAGCUUCAGUGACAGCACUAGCCUUGGUUUACAUUAACGAAUUUAUGGAGGAGAUUAAUCAUAUAAAUGCACAGAAUGUGGAAAAAGCUUCAGUUAGAGCGGUGGCCUGAUUUCACAUAAAAUAACCCACACGGGAAAAACUACAUAAAUGCAUAUUAUGUAGAAAGAGCUUCAGUCCACCAAUAGCCUUAGGUGACAGGAAAGAAUUCACACUGGGGAGAAAGCAAAGAAAUGUGUCGAAUGUAGAAAAAGCUUCAGUAGGAGCACGUAUCUUUGUUCAUUUCUUCUUACAUUGGGAAGAAAUGAUAAUACAUGGAAUGUGGAAAGCUUGAAUUAGAUGAAUAGCUUUAGUUCUCAUUAAAACAGAUGGCGGAGAAAGUAGAAAUUCACGGAAUGUUGAUUGAGCUUCAGUCAAAGAGAUAAUCUUAGUAGUGUGAAUAAUUUAAAAAAAACUUCAAGUGUUGCAGACUUGUUGAUCUAAAACUGAAAAGUGCUUUUAAAAAGAUGUUUCAGAUUUGCAUUAAAAGUGAAAGCUUUUAGAAAAAUUGCAUCUGGAGAUAUAGUUUACAUUUUAGCCCUUGUUUUGGUACAAAAGCUAUUGGUGAGUUAAUAACGCAUAAGUAGCUUGUUCAGUUUUGUGCUGGUUUCCACUGGAAAGGGUAAGCAACAAAAUGGUGACAUAAUGUGAAACCGAGAGAAAAGAGAAAAACUGAAGUGCAUUUUGAAGUGACACUUGUGAUGUUUUACUUACAAUGUUAAUUAACAGAUAUCACAAAGUAGAUGUGGAAACUUUUGUUAAACAAAUGAGAAUAAGAAAAUAUUGUAUGAUGGAAGCUUUUACAGAAUAGUGUAAAGAAGAAAAAGAUGGAUGUUCUAAUGAAAGAAAAGGAAAUAGUAAAGAGAAAAUAUAUCAUUGUUUUAUACUUGCAUCUUUUUAACAAGGUGCAAGGAUGUAUUUUAAGUAAGCCUACAGGUUUUGGAUAACUGUAUGGCUUUUAGAGUUGAAGAUCUGUACGUACAGUUUUUUCCUCACACCUGUAAGA